AGAAGAGUGAUAAGUGAACACUGACUGUCAGAUUCUAUAGUAAGAAUCCUUUUUAAGGUCUCUCACCUGAAGAUCUAGGUGAAAGGGCUUUGGCAAUGAGCCUGACCCUCAGGUUUAUAGCCUCUUUGGUCCUUACCUCUUGGCUGCAACAAGAAAGGUAAGACGAUAUCUCUUACUUCAGUCUAUCAUUUUAUAAGGGGGACUAAGCAAUGGUCUGGAUGAGUCAGUGAAAAUCAAUUGCAAUGAUGGAAAACCCAUCUAAGAAAAAAUGUCCUAGAGCCAGUGAGUCAGAGCCAGCCCCUCUGCACAUGAAAGAUUUCAGUCUGUGUUUAUUGACACAGAGGGUGGUUUUAAUUACCCUGAAGGAAUUUCUGGCAUGUUUUGCCAAAGCCAGUUUUAAAAUGUUUAAUCAGUGGAUUAGUGACUAUCGGACCUACUGGAGAGGUCUGCGCAUGGGGCAGCUGGGCAAGUGUAGUGUAUUGCAAUGAGGCUGUUAGUGACAGAGUAUGGGUACAUUUUGUCAGAGAAACAUGGGAGAAUACUACCAUCCACUCAUGAGACGAUCUUGGCUUUAGAAAGUGUGGUGUGUUUUCUGUGUCAAAGGCUUGAUUUCCUUCCUUGGUUUCAUGAUCUAAGCAACCUCAUGACCUCUGUUUUUGGUAUACUGAAAAGGGAACGUGGGUAAGAUGGUCUAGAGCCAGAGUUUGAGUGAUUAAUCAAGCAAUCAGUUCAAGCCACAACUAGCAACUUGAAAGAGUGAAUAUGUUUUUCUAAAUUUGAUAGGCCCAGGGAGAAUGUAUACUUAAAAUAGCAUGAUUGCUUUUGUUUUACCUAUUUGUGUGGACCUAUAAAACAUUUCAAGAUGAGAGCUGUAAAAGGAAAAGCAGAAUGGUGGUGUCACAUCACAAAGCAAUUUUAAUCUGCUAGAUACCUUGAGAGGAAACCAUAGACCAAGAUAAAGGUAAAAUCACUAGAAAAAAAAUUGUUUUCCUGAUUUUUGUGUCUUUGCUCUUAUAUCUUUUGGUUGAAUCUCUCCAUUAAGAUGUAAAAAUACUUAAUAGUGCUAAAUACCAUAUUUUCUUCAUCUCUUCAAGGUAAACUUCAGAUAGAAUUUCUCUUUUUUCCUUACACAAAACUGUCUUUCAUACUACCUCCUUUCCCUGAUGUUUUAAUCUACAGAUAGGCCACAUUCUACUCUCUAAUGUAGACAAGCAAGAGACUUGGUACCUUGAAAUUUGAAUAGAAACCCAAAGGCAUCUUUGCUACAUUGAGCCCAUGUUGUUGAGCUGCUAUUUAUGUACUGUUCAUUUACAUGGUAGUUUAGUGAUAUUCCUCGUUGCUUUCACAGAAAGGUUUCUCAGGCUAUUUCAUACCAACAUGAACUUAUCUGGGGGUUUGCCAAGUUUACUGGCUCUUGACUCCUUUUUAUAAAAUUUUUGUUUUGGGUUUAGAAGUACCUGUGCAGGAUUGUUAGAUCUCUAAGUUGCAUGUCACAGGGGUUUGCCACAUGCAGAUUAUUUGGUUACUCAGGUCAUAUUUUACUCUCUUAACCAUCAAAACAACUGAUCAAAUAGUUCACUUGUCUUUGGCACUGCUGAUAGUUUUCAACUCUAAAGAAUUCCCCCUUCCUCUGGCUUUUAAAUUAGUUCAUCAGUAAACCAACUUCACCAAACAGGUUGAUACAUUAGCAGCUAAAUAUUAGGCAAGGAAGGAGUUAUAUAAAGUGGUAAUGCCAUCUUGUACUUGUGGAGGGGUUUGUAUUUCUGCAAAGUAUUUUCACAGCUCUUGUUUACUCUGCACAACAAACAUAAAGAGUAAAUUGCCUUUCUUCUCAUUUUCUCAGUUAGAAAACUGAGAUCCAGUGGAGUUAAUCAACUUGCCUAUGAUCACAUGCCAGUUUAUGGUGGAGAGAAGACUGAGGUUUAGAGAUUGAUUCAUAAAAUCAAGCUGUUUCUGUGAUAUCAGAAUAUGAGAUACAUCAAUAAACUCCUAACUAGAUGAAAUCUUACAGUCUUGGAAAAAAGUGCAUCUGCUUGCUGACUCUCUGUAAGGCAUUGACCACUAACAUUUUUAGCACAAGUUUCUUUGGGUGGAACAACUUGGUGUGCCUUACACCUUUGAUUUUGGGGCUUAGGCAGGGUUGUGUCUCAUUCCUAAAGUCACUCAUGGUUACUCUUGCCAAGUGGAAGAGUCUCUGGAACCACAUUCCUGGACAGUGGUGCAAGCCUUAAAGCGCUAGGGUUUGGUGAUAAUAAAGACAUAGAAAAGCCAAUGGAUUUAGUUCUAUGUCAUGGCUGUAUAUUGCGCCCAAAUAUCUAACUCACAGAUAUCUACCAUUUGGAAUCAGCAAGAAAAUAGGUAAGAAAAACAAUGGAUUGAUCAUCACCAACACGAUUCUGAUCCCCAGAAACUAACACAAGGACAGAAAAGCAACAUUUACUGAGUAUUAUGUGUAUUUUUUGCCUCAUUUCCAUUUUAUUACGUAAGCAGUGAAAUCUUUGACAAAAAGAUGGGCUCAUUACUUAAAUCCUCUUACUGCAGUUAACCCUAUGUAAACUUAAGACAAUAGUAGUAACUACCUUCCAUGGUUGUUGUGAGGAUUAAGUGAUAUAAUACUUGUAUAUGGCUAGUUCAGUCCCUGACACAGAUUAAGCAUUCAGUGAGUAGUUGGUUGUUUUUAGUAGUUUUAGAUGACUUAAGUGGUCAUAAGCAUUAUUUGCAAUGGACUAUGUGCACUUUUACGCUCCCAACCCUAGAGUUUAGAAUAAUGUGAAAAAAAGUAGUCAAGAAAACAGACUCUGGAGAUGACUGGGUUUGUAUCCUGGCCCCAUCACUUACUAGUUCUCGGGCAAGUUAUUUAACCUCGCUAAGCUCAGGUGCCUCAUCUGUGAAAUGAAGACAACAGUGCUUAACCUCAUAAGGCUAUUGUAAGUAUUAAAAGUAACAGUGCCUGUAAUGUGCUCAGGACAGUCCCAGGAACAUAGUAGGUAGUAAUUGCUAAAUAAUGUUAGGCUGUAUUUUCAUUAAUAUUAGUACACUUAUGUAUAUGCCUUAAGAUAUUACUGUUGAAAGACAGUUGUUCACAAAACAGAGGACAAAUAAGUUAAUACACUAACCUUAAUCUUUGAUCCAGUGUCAGUACUGGCUGGUGGUGAUUUGAUCUCCUUUAAAUAACAAACAUAAUCUGUUAGGUUGGAUUCUUGUGUCAAUCUAAACAAACUGCUGCCUUUUUCUGAAUAUGAAAUGAAGCAUUGAGGAAAAUAAAAUUCAUUAUCUGCUCCAUGCACCAUCAGGAUAUUUAAGGAUAAUAACUUUAAGAUACUAAAAAAUUAACAAUAAUGGAUUAAUUAUGAACCUUUUUUUCUAUAUUAGUGGUAUGUUGAAGCUUUCCAUUAAGGCCUUUUUUUUUUUAAAUCUUACAUGUUUAUUUUGAAUAUUUCUUCUUAUAUUACCUUGUUCAUAGCUUCUCAUAGGGUAUAACCUCUUAACUUCUGAACUCUUGCAGAGAAAGGGGGCUAUUUCUAAUGAGUGAGGUGACUUGCUUCUGCUCCUGAAUAGUUCCUAUUGCAUAAAAGUUGUUCUGCACCAGAGCAUUCUCUCUUUCACCCACUGCUCCUAGCCCUGCACCAUAAAACCUUACCCCAAACACUGAGUAUCCUGUCCACAGGACCCCGCUUUGGCUAUAUGAAGCCAGCCCUCCUAAUCACUACAGCCUCUUCAAAACUCCCUAGAUGCCAUACAGCAGCUGUUUUCAAACUUUAACGUGCAUUAGAACCACCUGACGUGUUUGUUAAAGACAAACUUCCAGGCUCCACCCCGUCAAGCUUAGGAUAGGUCUGUAGGCCUGUGAGUUUGAUUCUUUCAGUUUCCCAGGUAAUCCUACUGUUGCUAAUGAUGAUCACGAGCAACACUUUGAGACCCACGGCUCUACGUCUGUCUUCUCAAGUGAGAAGACAGUUCAUUUCAGGUCGACGGGGCUGAGGCAAGGGAGCUUUUACAGUGUUGAUUGUGUUACCUUGUUAGCCUGGAUUUUGACAGGCCAGGAGCAAACUCUCCCAAAGAGAUGGUAGGGGGUAUGUGGAGAGUGUGUAAAUGCACCUGUAUGUUACCAAAAGUUGAAGCAUCGCUACCUCCUGGAGUCUGGAUCUGAACCCCAUGUUUGUCACAGGAGCCAAGGGAGAACCCAAGACAGAGAAUAGUGGCACAAUAAUGAAGCAUGAAUUAUCCAGAUGAAAACACCUAUGGAAAUAAAGCUGACAUUAUCUCUACGGUAGAAUUCAACCACACGGGAGAAUUACUAGCGACAGGGGACAAGGGGGGUCGGGUUGUAAUAUUUCAACGAGAGCAGGAGAGUAAAAAUCAGGUUCAUCGUAGGGGUGAAUACAAUGUUUACAGCACAUUCCAGAGCCAUGAACCCGAGUUCGAUUACCUGAAGAGUUUAGAAAUAGAAGAAAAAAUCAAUAAAAUAAGAUGGCUCCCCCAGCAGAAUGCAGCUUACUUUCUUCUGUCUACUAAUGAUAAAACUGUGAAGCUGUGGAAAGUCAGCGAGCGUGAUAAGAGGCCAGAAGGCUACAAUCUGAAAGAUGAGGAGGGUCGGCUCCGAGAUCCUGCCACCAUCACAACCCUGAGGGUGCCUGUCCUGAGACCCAUGGACCUGAUGGUGGAAGCCACCCCGCGAAGAGUAUUUGCCAACGCACACACAUAUCACAUCAACUCCAUAUCCGUCAACAGCGACUAUGAAACCUACAUGUCCGCUGAUGACCUGAGGAUUAACCUAUGGAACUUUGAAAUAACCAAUCAAAGUUUUAAUAUCGUGGACAUUAAGCCAGCCAACAUGGAGGAGCUCACGGAGGUGAUCACAGCAGCCGAAUUCCACCCCCAUCAUUGCAACACCUUCGUGUACAGCAGCAGCAAAGGGACAAUCCGGCUGUGUGACAUGCGGGCAUCUGCCCUGUGUGACAGGCACACCAAGUUUUUUGAAGAGCCGGAAGACCCAAGCAACAGAUCAUUUUUCUCUGAAAUUAUCUCUUCAAUUUCGGAUGUGAAGUUCAGCCACAGUGGGAGGUAUAUCAUGACCAGGGACUAUUUGACCGUUAAAGUCUGGGAUCUCAACAUGGAAAACCGCCCCAUCGAGACUUACCAGGUUCAUGACUACCUCCGCAGCAAGCUGUGUUCCCUCUAUGAAAAUGAUUGCAUUUUUGAUAAAUUUGAGUGUGUGUGGAAUGGAUCAGACAGUGUCAUCAUGACGGGCUCCUACAACAACUUCUUUAGGAUGUUCGACAGAAACACCAAGCGUGAUGUGACCCUUGAGGCUUCGAGGGAAAACAGCAAGCCCCGGGCUAUCCUCAAACCCAGAAAAGUGUGUGUGGGGGGCAAGCGGAGAAAAGACGAGAUCAGUGUCGACAGUCUGGACUUUAGCAAAAAGAUCUUGCAUACAGCUUGGCAUCCUUCAGAAAAUAUUAUAGCAGUGGCGGCUACAAAUAACCUAUAUAUAUUCCAGGACAAGGUUAACUAGGUGGACAAGUUAUUACUUAAUAAUCUCACAUACUGAAUACUAGUCAAACAAGUUUUUAAAUGUUUCUUUGGGUCUUCAUUUGAUGCAUUGACUUUAAUUUCCCUAUGCAGGAAAUGAUUGGAAUAGAAUUAAAAGGAGUCCAACAUUCCCAGCUCCCCAGUUCUAAGAAACUUUUGUCAAACCCAAUAGGUUUGGGACACUUCGGUUUAGAAUUGAAAGCUGCCAGCUAACAGUAAUUCUUCCAUAGUUGACUUGAACUUCUGAUGCUUUUAUUGCCCAGUUUUCUCUGGUGGGUCCAGUGUUUUGUUCCUAGGUGUCUGCUGCGAUAAAAUGAGGUUGUCUGUAGUAUUUAAGGAGAAAAGAGAUAAGUUUUUUUUAAUUAAGCAAUUCCAUUUGAUUGAAAAAAAAAACAACAAAAAAUAAACACCGUUUACUCUUAGACAAAUUCUUCUUGUUUUGUGAAAAACCAGAACUAGUCAGUAUCUCCUGCCCCUCCACCAUUUUUUUUUUCUAUUUUCCAUUUUCCUUUGAACAAUUUCAUUUAAGCCAGAGAUUUAUUGCAUGAAGCUGAGAAGAGGAUGCAGAAUGACGAGGAAAGGGCACAUCAACCCUGCUAUGCUCUUUUUUUGUAAACUCCAUAGAAACAGCCUGAGAAUUUGGCUAGGAAACUUGAAUGCUUCAGGGGACAGAAAGAGAGCACUUUCGACACAGUGCUUCCCAGAGUGAGCUUGGCAGGGCCAGGCGAGGCCAAAUUCCAUCUGCUGCCUUGUUACUCUUGCUUUUUGUGCUCUUAAAUGGCUCCAUAUAAUCCUCUACUUACAUGUUCCUUGGCUUUUUUCUCUUCAACCUUUUCCAGCUUAUUUAUUCCAUUGACUUCUAAAGGCCGAGUCCUCGUUGCUUAUUAUCUGGUAUUCUAAAUGAAGCAGUUGGAAGCAGUGCCACCACCCCUGAGUCCCUGAGAAAGGCUGGUCUGUUCUUUUUGGGUGUUUCUCCUAAGCGGCUCCCUCCCCUCCUCCUGGUUUUGGUAACCAAAAGUAACAAUCCAUCAACCUCCAUUGUACCUAGAACAAAAAUAGCCAGUAAAAAUGCUGAUUUGUAAAGUCCAGUCAGGCACUUCUAACUCACCCCAAGCUCGCCAUCUGGAAAAACAGACCAGAAGGCUGUCUUCUAUAGAAAUGAACUGUGGAGAAAUCAAGCAGCUGUGACAUGAAGUGAAUGAAGUCCACUUGAAGAUGUGGAAGAUGGUUCAUCCUUUUCCCCAGUUGAGGAUCCAGAUUUAUAACUUCUAGAAAGCCAUUUCCAGAAGGUUCUAUGUGGCAUACCCCUGAGAAAGGCACUAAAUACAUGCAAAGGAUUUAUAAACUUAGAGAGGAGAGUAGAUGGGUGGAGUCCAGAAAGCUGGGUCUGGGUUAGUAUCUCUACAUCUGCCUUGAUGACUCAUUUCUCCUAACUUCCAUUUAGUGCAGGGUAAAUGGUUUGAGAUGAGAGUUUUUCAUUGAAAGGGAAAUUUUCUUUCAGUUUACAGAUGUAUUACAAGUCCUGACUUUCAAGUGUAAUUUGCUUUGGAGGAGGAAAAAAAAGUGAAAGAAUCAUAUUGUCUCAAUUCUAAGCUACUAUCCAUUUACUAAUAGCUUUUUGGCAAGGAAAUAACUGUCACCUUAGGUAAAAACAGUUUUGUAAGAUGCAGCCCAAUUUCAGGAACAUUAAAAUGUGAAAAAGUACAUCUCAGAAUUGAGGGAGCAUGGGAAAAAAGACGAGACUUUCUCAGUAUUGCUCGUUUUUCCUGCAAGGAAAGCCUCUCCUUAGGCAUCUCAAGUAAAGUGCCUAAGGUGGAAACUCUCUGGGCAAGAUUUCUGGCCUGACUGGGACAGUGUUCUUGGAAGAGACAUGAGAGAGUCAGAAACUUCUGCCAGUCAUAGAGAAUGACGAUACUGCAGAAGGCCACUGGGUUAUUUGCCUUUUACCACCAAUUUUUUUAUGGCCUUUUCUCCACUUCUCCAGACUCAGCUCCUCUGUCUGUACUGGGUCGGGAGUUGGGACCAAUCAUUGUAUCUCAAACUUAAGAAUCAACCCACAUUUGUACUAUUAUUCAUGUAACUUUUUUUUAAGUCACCUUUUCCUAAAAGCAAGACUUAGCCUCUUCCAAAGAAAUAAUAUGCAUGAAAUUUCAA